AUGGAGACUGAAAGAGUGCGGGAAAAUCAUGCUGAAGGGCCACCACAAAGCCCUAUGCAUGAUAUGUCGCCAUCUGAGCAAGGAGUCGACACCGAUAAAAUUGAGCCUGAAACCGAGAUUUCAAAGCCAAGCAGCAGUCGUCCACCUUUCUCAUUCAGCCAUGAACUGAUCUUCACAUCAACCCUACUCUGUGGACAAAUCCUUGUCCAAGCUGGCAUAGGCCAGAGCCUGGCACCUCUACACAUUAUCGGGGAUCAUUUCAAUGUCAGCAAUAACGGUGAAUUGAGCUGGUAUAUCGCUUCGUUUGCCUUGGUUACCGGCACGUUCAUCCUCGUCGCUGGGCGACUAGGCGAUAUGUACGGCUCAAAGCAUAUAUUGAUAAUUGGUUUCUUGAUCUAUGGCUUCUGGUCCCUAAUUGCAGGCGCGGGAUAUUUCACACGCUCAAGCGAUAAGUUAUUCGUCGUGUCUCGUGCAUUGCAAGGCGUUGGUGCCUCUUUGGUCCUCCCAAAUGCCGUCGCUAUUCUGGGUCGUACAUACCCCCCUGGGCUGAGGAAAAAUAUGGUUAUGAGUCUCUUCGGCGCGUUUGCUCCCGGCGGAUAUAUCUUGGGGUGUCUUUUUUCUUCCAUUUUUGCGCAGUUCACCAUAUGGGCUUGGGCAUACUUUGCGAUGGGUAUUGCUUGCUUCGUACUCGCGACUGUGGCAUAUUUUGCCAUUCCAAAACCAUCAUUAAAACCUGACGCCAGUAAAAGCUUCGACUGGCUAGGCUUCGGGUUUGGUAUCGCCGGUCUUUUAUUGUUCAACGUUGCAUGGAACCAAGGCCCUACUGUUGGUUGGGCAACCCCUUAUGUUUAUGUUCUUCUUAUCCUCGGCGUGCUCGCAUUUGUUGGAUUUGUCCUGGUUGAACGACGGGUGGAGAGGCCUCUUGUUCCAGUACAGCAAUUCAACUUGCAUAUUGCAUUUGUGCUUCUCGCUAUCCUAGCCGGGUGGUCCUCAUUCACCGUGUGGCUUUAUUACAUCUGGCAAUUUCUGGAACAACUUCGCGGCGCAUCCCCCCUUUUAACGACAGCUCAAAACACGCCUUCUGCUAUUUCUGGAUUUGUGGCUUCGAUCACUACUGGUUUCUUGAUUGGCAAAAUCGGUGUGCCUCCCAUCAUGAUUUUGGCUAUGCUUGCUUUCUUCAUCGCGAAUGUGCUUGCAGCAACCAUGCCUAUAAAUCAAACAUACUGGACGCAAACCUUUUUCGCCACAAUUAUCGUGCCGUGGGGCAUGGACAUGUCAUUUCCAGCUGCUGUUAUCAUGCUUUCUGCUGCUGUUCCGCCGGAACAUCAAGGCAUUGCAGCAAGUUUAGCUUUGACAACGACAAACUACGCAAUGAGCAUCGGCCUCGGUAUUGCAGGAACGGCUGUGAGUCAUCUUGGUGAUGGCUCAGACUUACUCGCCGACUGUCGCCAUGCCUGGUACGUAGCAAUAGGGCUCAGUGGCCUGGGCAUUGUCAUUGCUAUCACUUCUAUGCUUUACGAGCGUCGGAAUCCAACAUUAAAACCGCAUUAA